CUAGCCUACUUGAUGGACACACUGGCCGAACUGCCUCGUGAUUAUCCUGGCAGCUCAGGGACAAGCUUUGAUGCCUUUGCCAGGACCCUGGCCUCCACAAUCCCAUGCUCUAUCAGCCCAAUUGUCAGGAGUUCUGCGACAGAGAAAGAUCACUCUCGUGAUGCUUUCACAUGCUCCGCUUCGGAUUCUUUCUCUCAUGCGCCGUUUUGGCUUUGUGAAAUUCUCGAACGGGAAUCGUGGAGCUCGCUGGAAAAGUUACGAGAAAAACUGGAUCAGGCGACGGACUCGAAGCGAGAAAGCUGGGAAGUCGCAAUUCAAAAAUUGGUAAUUGCGUACCACCACCUGUGUUUUCGGUAUCCAGAUCUCCCUUGGUCAAAGUCGAUCGACCGUGAAGUAGAUCCGGCCGAGUGCCAAUACACAGCCCAAGGGACAAGCGAUAUAGUUGGACAAUUACUCGAUAUGGGCAUCGUGAAAGUGGGUGAGAUUAUUGACGAAAUUACCAACAAACGGGAUGAUGCGAUUGUUAAAAAGACACCCUGGAGUGGCGUCUUUGAAACGAAUGAAGGCCUUUUAGGCAUGGGGCCCAAGUGGCUCCACGACGGCGACCAGCUGAUGAUUGUCAAAGGCGCCGCUGUGCCGUACAUUUUCAGAUGUGCUGAAAAGCACCGAGAAGCCCUGAUUGAAACCCAGCGGGCUCAUAUCACCAACUUGGAAUCGUCGUUCGAAAAACUGAAACAAUCUCAGCCAUGGAAAAGAGUACUUUCAACCAAGGCCUACCGCAAAGCAAUUGCUGAAGCGAAAGAACGACUCGAGGAGUUGCAAGUCCCUUUUGAGCAGCCGAAUUCUUGGAUUUUGAUCGGUGAGGCGUAUGUUGAAGGAGUCAUGCGUGGGGAAGCCGUCGCUGAAGGGGGUGAUCAUCUCUUCGAGAGAAUUGCGAUAGUAUAACAGAGAUGCGUGAAGAAACCUUGGAAGAGACAUCGGGA